AAGUUUUUAUAACAAUGUUUAUGGCAAAGAACUUGCAUGGUUGCUUUUUAAUUAAAAUUUUAUGAAGUUUAUGUAAUAAUAUCUUUAAAAUAAUAAAUUAUUGUAAGAAUUAUAGAAGUAAAAAUAUAUUUUAGAAGAUAUAUAAAAAUAAUGGCAUAUAUAAAUUAUGAUGAUAUCAGAAUAAAAAAUGAAUUCAAAAAGUUUUUUAGUACAAAAAGUAUUGGAGAACAAUGUACAAAAGAAUCUUUAAUGCAUUUAUAUAAUAAAUUUUUAGCAACAAAAAACCAAAAAAUGAAUAUAUCUCAGUUAGAACAUGCAUUUAUAUCUAUUUUAAAUAUAAAAUUGUCUUCCAAAGAUUUUAGUACCUUAUUUCAAAAGAUAAAUUUAAACAAAGAUGGAUAUGUAACAUGGAAUGAAUUUAUUUCUUAUUUAAUUAUGGAAUUUCAAAAGACGGAUAUAUCCUUACAACAUCAAAUGUUAGAACUUCCACUUACAGGCUCUCCUAAAAUAUUAAAAACACAUCAUCGUAGUCCGAUUUGUAAAAUUGCUUUCUAUCCUGAAUUACUUUCAGAUCGAAGCAGCAGUUUCCAAAGAGGCUGUUAUCUGACAGUUAGUAGAGAUGGAGUUAUUAAUUAUUGGUCAUUAGAUUUUAAAUACGAACGCAGUGUACAAUCUACAAAUCCAUUUUUGAAGGUGCAACAAACCACAAUAACUGAUAUGAUAAUAAUGCCAGAUGUUCAAAUAAUAUGUACAAGCUCUACUGAACGUGAUUUAAGAUUUUAUGAUGUUGUAGCAAAGAAAUUUGAAUUGCGUGUGAUGGAUGAGCUGCCUAAUCUAAAAGUUACAGAAAUUAAACAUGUACAUACAAAUUGGGUAAAUCAAGUGGCUUAUUAUGGAACUCUUAAAGCUUUCAUGUCUAGCAGCAAAUGUUCAGAAUGUUCAUUAUUAUUUAGUGAUCCUACAAGGAUGAGAAUACAAUAUAAGUUUAUUGUUACAAGGGGAAUAACUUGUUUUAAUUUUUGUGAAGAAAGUCAAAUACUUGUAACAGGUGGCCCUGAUUGCAUAAUUCGAGUUUGGAAUCCUUUUGUACCAACAAAAGCAAGCAAUAUUUUUCAAGGACACAAAGCAACUAUUUGUGCUAUAAUAUUACAAAAGGCAGGCCAGCGUAUAUAUUCUUUAUCAAAAGAUAAAUGCAUAAAAGUUUGGGAUGUUCCUACUUAUACUUGUAUACAGACAUACAAUGGUCUACAAAGUGAACUAAGUGAAAACGUAAGAGUAUCCGUAAUUUAUAAUAAAUUAACACAUAAAAUGAUCAUUGGUAGUACGAUAAUUGCCAUUGUUGUUUGUGAACAAGUAAUCAAUAAAGAAAUAUCAGAUGGAAUUUCUCAUACAAAGCCUGUUAGUUCUGUACUUUAUAAUCAUUUAUAUAAAUUGAUUGUUUCUACAGGAUUAGAUUCAUGUAUUAUAGUAUGGGAUCCUUGGCUUGGUCGUCGUUUAUAUUUAGUGACUAAUGCUCAUAGUAUUUUACUAUAUGGACAAUAUGUUAACAUUGAAAUUACUGCUGCUACUUUCGAUAACUCUGAACAAUUAUUGGUAACAGGUGCUAGAAAUGGAUCAUUAAAAAUAUGGAAUUUUAAUACAGGAACAUGCUUACGAAAUAUGGCAAUAGAGGAUCAAUGUGAAAUAACUAGUUUAACUUGGGUGGAGAAUCGCGUUUUAUGUACAGGAUGGAAUCAACGUGUUACAGAAUUUACUAUCUCUGAACUUCACACAUAUAAAAAAAGCUGGGAGUUGAUACAUACAGAUGAUGUACUUUUUUCAGCUGUACAAUAUCCACAAGUUUUAGCCACUGCUUCAUAUAAUGGAGAAAUAAUUUUAUGGCAACUUGAAACAGGUCAACCAUACAGAAGAUAUCAAGUGAGUAAUGCAACUGGAAGAUAUGCUAUUAAACAUAAAAAUAAUCUUAAAGAAAAUAUGAAAGAAUCUUUGUCAAAAAUAAAAGAAGCUAAAUUGGAACAACAAAUUUUAAAUAAAGAGGACUAUGAUCAAUUUAACAAAUACAUUGAAAUUUGUUCUCAUCAACAAUCAGCAAUAAAUAGAAGUCGAUUAGUGACUAUCUGUGCCAUUAUAUAUUUAAACUCAAGACCAAUGAAUCCUAAUAUUGGUACAUUAUUAGUUUCACUUGAAUCUGGAAUUGUACAAGUUUGGAGUCAUCAUCCUGCUGGAGGAUUCUUAACAGGUUUCUCAGUUAUUCAUGCGAGAAGAGAUUCUGCUAUUUCUUUAGCUACUGAUCCUGAAAAUAAUUUCUUGAUAACAGGCCAUUGUCUUGGAUAUAUAAAAGUUUGGUAUCUUGCAAAUUAUACAAUACCUAAUCCUCCUAAAGUAUGUAUGCCACUUUUAAGAUUAGAAUUUCCAUUUCUUUGGAAAGAUAUAAUAAAUGGUCGUGCUAAGCGGGCUGUACAAGACCAAUCAUUACCACUUUUAUUAUCAUCUCUUCGUGGUCAUACAAAGGCAGUUACGUGUCUUCAGAUAAUUCCUGAUGCACGUAUUAUUAUUAGUGGAAGUGCAGAUCAUACAGUACGUUUAUGGACUUUGGGAGGUCGUUAUAUAUCAACUCUGGGAACAUUUAGAGAAUGGAUGCCAAUUUUACCUCACAUAGCUGCAUCUAAAUAUUUUCAACAUUUUAGAUAUCCCAUGGAUAUUAAAAGAUCUGCUAGUUUCACUACUAUGAAAGUUCUUCAAGGAGGUCUAGGCUCAGUAGAGACUAAAGAUAUUGAUGAAAUUGACUAUUUGAAGGUAAUUCCAGAACAGAGUAGACAUAUAUUGUAUGGAGAACAAUUACAAAGUCCAAUUCUUGGAAAUUAUUACAAAAUAUCUGACGAAACAAAACGUUAUAUUGAGCCAACAGUUUUGGAUAAUUCUUUAACACAUAUACCCGUCUACACACACCUAAUAACACAUACUUUAAAACACAUUGAAUCUAAGUUAUCCUUAAUCGUACAUGGUCAAAAAAAGGAAUUUUUGUAAAACGAUAUCAUCAUUGUCAUUAUUUCUGCUUAUGUCAAAUAAUAUUAUGGAU